AUGGAUGUUCCGCCACACGAGAUCGAGUGUUACUCUUUAGACCCAUCCAAUUGGCGCUAUGCGAAAAUGCGAUCUCGGAUAGAUGAAUACAGCGAGAAGUGUGAGAUGACAGCGAUGUUAGUGACUUACAAUGUUAAUGAGAAAAUCAUUUCGAAGGAGACGUUAGAUUAUGUGAUGUCUGGUUCAGACAAAAACAUAGAUUUGAUAUUUAUUGCCAUCGAAGAGAUCGACAUGAGUGUCUCUGGAUUUUUGAAGGGAAACACGAUGACCUUAAAGGCGACUGAAUUAGCGAUAAACGUGUACAAAUCGUUUGAAACGGUGUUUAAAGAAAAGUUUGUUCAGUUGACAGUGUUACAAUUAGGUGGUGUCGUCUUAAUGGGAUUUUGUCGUGAAAGUAUUCGAGACCGCAUCAAAUACGAAGCGAGUGGAUAUGAAGCGGUCGGAAUGAUGGGGAUGGCAAAUAAAGGGGGGAUAGCUUAUAGUUUCAAGAUGUUAAAUAAAACUAUUUGUGUUGUUGGAUCACAUUUGGCUGCCCACCAAAUGGAAAUCCCAAAGAGAAAUCAAAACUUCCAAGACAUAUUUAAUAACAUCGAGUUGGUGCCUUUCAUCGAAACAGAACGAGAAAAUACCAUGAAAAGGAUUGUAGACCAUGACAUCAUCUUUUGGAUGGGCGAUUUGAAUUAUAGAAUAGAUGAAGAAGACGCUACAAUCAGAGAGAAAAUUAGUAAUGGCGCGGGAAUGGAAGCGUUUGAACUCACGGACCAACUUCUUGAACAAAAAAGACUGAAAGUGCCUAUUGUGAACACUUUUGUGGAAUCUCCGAUCAUGUUCCAACCGACGUACAAAUUCAUCCCAAACACACAAGAAUACUCGGAAAAGAGAAGACCGGCGUUUUGUGAUAGAAUAUUGUUCCGAAGCGAGUCUGAGGUUAUCAAUUGUGUGGAGUACACGGCGUUACCAAAUGCACUUGAGAGUGACCAUAAACCAGUGAGGGGGUGUUUCGAGUUUGUCACACGAAAGAUCAUCCCAGACAAGCACGCGAAGGUUGAGAAAGAGCUGAUCGAGAUGGAGAAUCAACUUCUUCGCAUAGUGAGGCCCAAUGUAAUUUUGGAGAAGCAAGAGUUUGAGUUGACGAUCUAUCCGUACGUGUCAAAUAAAGUGGUUCUCCCACUGAAAAAUGAUGGGAAAGCGAAGUCGACUGUGUGUUUGAAGGACUACCAAAUUGGGAAGACGGGGAUCUUUCCCGAUUGGCUUGAGGUUUUCCCUGAAAAACUUGAAAUAGAAAAGACUGAUGUUUCGAAUAAGAACAUCACUUUUCGAUUCAAGUUUCAAUUCACAGAUACAGUCUUGUUAUUCCAAAAAGGAGCGUUUGACUAUAACUUAAUCCUCGAAAUUAAAGGAGGCCGAACACACUUUUUGUCAUUCAAAAUCCACCUUGACCAGACGUGUCUUACGAAGUCGAUUGAUGAUCUGAAUCUCCAUCCAAAUGGAUAUCUCCUCCCCCAACCACAAGCUUAUGCUCCUCUCAUCAUCCCAAAGGAGAUAUGGAGGCUAUGCGACUUCGUUCGCCCACACUUAGCCGAGCCGAAUCUCCUCUCGACAUCCCCGUCAAAAAGCUUUGCGUCGAGCUACUCAUACAUAUUAGACCAUUUGGACAAACACAUCGAAUUUGACCCAAAUAUGGAGUUCCAUCGGGCACUCGAGUUCUUGAUCGUCUUCAUGAAGAAUUUAAAGGACUCGGUGAUCCCCUCGUGUCUAUUCGAACAGGUUGUACACUCAACGGAGAAGCAAGAGGAGUUCGAAAAGUUCUUUGUAAGGAACAAGAUGCCAAAUUCGCAUUACAACCUCUUUUUGUACAUGAUCGCCUUCUUAAAGGAGAUUGUCAAGGUUAACUCUAAUGUCACCGUGGAAGACGUUGUUAAGUACUUCUCUGCGGUCUUUGUCCGCCCAGUCGACGGCCUCAAAAAACUGAACGAAGAGCGAGCUGUUGAGAACUUCCUUGUGAAGUCGGUCAGAAAAUGA